AUGCAUCAUCGUCUCCGAGAAAUACUUUUAAUUGAACAAGAUUUAUUGACUCGUGAACAAGGUGUACAUGGUCUGGUGUUCUAUUUCUCACGUGAAUUAACAACUGCUCGAAAAGGUCUAAGAGAAUUUCAUAUACCAGCUAAUUAUAAAGAUUCUAAUCAAAGUUAUAAACAUUUAAUGGAUCUCUUUAACGAACAGCAUAUUUCACCACCAAAUAUUCAAAGCAUCUACGGUAAAGCGGGUAUUGGUAAAACUCAUCGCAUCAACAAGGAAUAUAAAACUGACGAUACGUCAUGUUUUAGUAUAAAUGAUAAAUUAAAUCUUUCACUAUUAAUUAGUUCAUUUCUUUCAUUUAAUUCAAGUGUUAUUAAUCAUAGUCCAUCGAUCUUUUUCAAUAUAUCUGUUCAUGCACCAUUCGAAAUUUUAAAUCGAACUUUGUUUUCUCUUUUCAUUUGUGGAUCUUUAAAUGAUCCAACCAGUGGUCUAAUAUUUUCAUUACCGCAUACUGAAGCAUGGAAAUUUAUCAUUGAAGUUCCUUAUUCGGAUCUUUCUCAAGCUAGUAUUCGAGAAAAUUUCAAUCAAAUUGUACCGAUUAUUUCCGUUAUAUCUCCAUCAACAUUAGAAGAAGUCACUGACGAGAAUUAUAAAUUAUUCAUUAGUAAAGAAGAAGAACUUGUAGCUCGAUUCUUAAAAGCAUUUCAAGAUGGAACAAUUAAUCGUAUGGUGGAAACAACAAAAACUGGUGAAGAUAAACCGGUUAGUUUCGAACCAUUAACAGAUACUGAUGAAUGUCGCUCAUGUAUAUACAACUGCAUUGAAAAAUAUGCUCCAAAUUUACCAAAAAACAAAAUUUAUGAACUUUCAUUUACGAAAUUUUUAUAUCGUCGCGCAUGUUUCUUUAAAGGGCAUUACUAUUGUUGGAAUCAAUCUAUUGAACGAUUAGGUAGUAUUGCUAUGCAACAAAUGAUUAAUGAAGCAAUAUCUUUAACAAAAGUUAAUUUUCAAGAUAGUAAUUAUCCUCGUGUUUAUUUUGUUUAUGAUCCUGGAUUUUCUUUACAUUUAUUACAUACUGAUUGGUAUCUUGUUCCAAACGAUUUAAAAACUCUUUUUAAGAAUGGUGAUCCAUUAAAAUCUAUUGACUAUCAAAAUAAAGAUUAUUUUGCUGAAUGUUUAUCAUGGUUAAUCGAUAUUAAAUAUGAAAAAUUUAUGAAUAUUAUUCAUGAAACAAAAUUUAUUCUAACAGAAAAUUUUGCAUAUAAACUUUUUCAUUUACACGAAAGAAAAUUAACAAAACUAGCUUUAAUUAUUGAAGGUGACACUGGUGUUGGAAAAACAUUUCUUUUAAAAUUCUAUUCAUUAUUAUUAAAUUCAAAGAAUAAGAGAGAUUCUCGUCAAGGAAAUAUUUUCCCGAAAAUUCUAGAAAAUUCAAAUGAAUUUCUUCUAAAUAUUAUUGAAAAAAUGGUUGAACCACAACCGAAUGUUUUGAAUACAUUUAUUCAACAGAUUAGACCAAAAAUUGUAAAUCCAGAAAAUAACGAUGAAGAUGAAGCGGAACUUCUUAAUCAACGGUCAAUGUUAUUACCUAUUCUAUCUACUGCAGAACAACAAGCACAAAAUAAUGCAGCAACUGAUGAUGUUUUUUUGAAAGAUAUCAAACAGUCAUUAAAAAAUCAUCAAUUAAAGAAAACUAUUUUAUAUCACAUUUGGAGAACAAUUCUAAGCGUUGCAGCUGCAAAUGCUACAGCUUCACAGGAAAAUUUGAUGAAAAAUUUACAUGACUAUGUUACUAAUGAAUUAGUUAAUUAUCCAUUGAUUAGUAGUAGUUGUCGAUUACAAGAGUUACUUCAACAUACUUCAUCUAGUGCUGAAACAUCCAUUGAAAUAUUCAAAGAAUAUUUAUUUCAUAGUCAAACAAAACCUAUAUUCUAUCGUCUUCUUUUACAUCCCGGUGUUAGUAAAGAACAACUAGUUGAGUUUAUGGCUCCGAUUUCUCAAUUAGCACGUGACUUAACAGAAAUAGAAAUUGUCGUUUUCUUUGAUGAAGUCAAUACAGCUUCAUGUCUUGGUUUAUUCAAAGAAAUGUUCAUGGAUGGAACAUUAUGUGGUAAAAGCAUUCCAAAAAAUAUAUUCUUUACAGCUGCUAUUAAUCCAUAUAUGAAAAUUGAAGAGAAUACAGAACAAAUUCAUCGUACUGAUUAUAUUGUUCAUGAAUUACCGGAAUCAUUAAAAUAUUUAAAAGUCUCCUAUGGAGCUUUAGAAUCUAAAACAUUAGCUGAUUAUAUUGUACGAAAAAUAGCCAUGUUUCAAGUUAAUUCAUCGGCAAACAAUGAUAAAACAAUGCCAUUAGAACGUUAUGCUCAAGAAACAUUAUCUCAUGCAAUUUUGACAGCACAAGAAUUUUGUGAAAAAUAUCUUGGACAUAAUUCUGUCUCACAACGAGAAAUUCAACGAUGUUUUAGUCUAAUUAAUUUCUUUUGGACUUUACGAUAUGAUCACGAGCUUAACUUGGGCAAAGCACAAAAUGAUCCUAAUCCUAUUCGAUGUAUUGCUUUAUCGAUUGCUUUAACGUAUUAUUUUCGACUUCCAACAAAAGAAGAUAAUUUACAGCGUAAUGAUAAAAAAUCGCCAUCACGAGAGCAAUUAGCUGAACUACUUUGUGAAGCUAUACCAAAUUUUGAUUAUAUUGUUCAAAGUGAAUUAGAACAAUUUGUAAAUACUAAUAAUUUUGUUAUUCCACAAGGUGUAGCAAUAAAUCAAGCUGUUCGUGAACAUAUAUUUUCUAUUGUUGUUAGUAUUGUCACACGAACAGCUUUAUGUAUCAUUGGUGUUCCUGGUCAAUCGAAAACAUUGUCUUUUCAAAUUGUUCUUCAAAAUCUUCAAGGUGCACAACUAUCAACAAAACCAUUUUGUAAACGUCUUCCAGCUGUUGAUCCAUUCUUUUGCCUUGGAUCAAAAUAUAGUCGUUCAGAAGAUAUUGCUUUUAUUUUCGAUCGUGCUAUCAAACGUGAACAACAAUAUGAACAAAAUCGUAUGAAUACACGAUGUGUCGUUUUCUUGGAUGAAGCAUCGUUACCAGAUGAAAAGAAGAUGGUUUUAAAAGUUUUACAUCCAUAUUUAGACGAAUGUAAAGUAGCAUUCGUUGCUGUUGCCAACAAAGCAUUUGAUGCCGCCAAUGCUAAUCGAAUGAUUUGCAUUUAUCGUUCGUUACCAUCGGAAGAUGAUCAGAAAAUUUUAGCCUAUGGUUGUUUGGGAUUACAAUUAGAACAGCAACAAUCAACAACAGAUGAUCGUCUUGAUAGAGUUAUUUAUGGUUUAUGCCAAGGUUACCGACGAGUUCUUCGUUCACCAGAUACACCUCAUAUAUUUCAUGAUCGUGAUUUUAUUUAUAUGCUAAGAGAAUUAAGAUUUGAAUUGAUGAAUUUCAAUGAAGUUGAAGAAACCAUUAUCAAAGAAAUAACGCCAAGAAGUUUAUUAAGAGCGUUAGAAAAUAAUUUUAAUGGAGUUCGAGCAGAAGAAUUUGAUAAAUUAGUCGAUAAUUUUGCUAGAGCUGUCGGAGAACAAUGUCCUGAAUUUCAAUCACUACUUACCGAAAAGCAACAAUUUCAACGUAAUGUUCCAACAAUAUUACGUAAUUCGAUGAAGUUAGCUCCAAUACGUCGUCGUCUUUAUGGCAGAUACAAAUUAAUUAUUGAUGAAUCUGAAGAUGAAAGUGCUGUUCGUCUUCUCUUUCAAACUGGUAUUCUCAAUUCUGAUCCAAGUCAAACUGCAGUUUUUCGUAUGUCUAAUUUUCCUGAUGAUAUCGAUAAUGAAUUACGAAAUGUUGAAAUAUUAUCAACAAUUAAAUUANUUUCGUUGGAACUAUUCAUCUUAGGUAACGAUAGAUUCACUUCUUGUUUCCUGUCUGGAAGAUUCUUUCAAGCAGGUUUAUCAGUAAACUUUUCUAUUCUAUUGACUGAUGUGGCUUUGUUUUCAUCAUUCUAUGGCUCUUUAGUUCAUUAUGACAGUCUAUGGCGAAAAAUGCGAGUUGAAUCGAACAUAGUUCCUAAUCCUCUCAAAAAUAAAACUAAUUUUGAUUAUUCUGAAAUGGGAAUUAUCAAUCAAUCGAUACCUGAUAAGAGCUUUCCAUGUUGUACUGUGCCCGAUUCAAGCGCAAAAUUCAACUCAGAAGUUUUUCACUCGCACUGUAUCUGCAUGUACAGAGCAUAUUCUGAAUAAAAGUAUUUAAUUCAUCUUGUUAAUAACUGUAAAGAUACCAGAUAAUGACGUUUUUCGCUGAUUUUUAUCGAACAAUUAGCAUGAUCUAUACUUUUUGCAGAGGAUCUUGACGAUAGUCGAAUAAGGAUGCACGUAGAAUUGAUUGUUCGAUGACUCUUUGAAAACGUGUUAGUGUUAAUAUUAGUUUUCUUAGCUGAUGGAAUAUGAGCCAGUAUACAUUACUGUAGGAUUAAGGAAAUUUGAAAAAUUCGCAAAGCGGUCUCCAUAGUGAGAUAAUGUGAUACCUUUUGGAACAUCUCUACCUCAACUGUCUACUUUGUUUUAAAUCAUAUUCUUGAAAAUAUUGGCAUAGAUACUACUGGUUUAUCUAAUUAGUUUUUCUAUUGUAGGCCUUUGUCUUCCUGUUUUGUUCUUUUAAAUACAAAUACUCUCUCCAGUUCCCUAAUGGACUUUUUUAUUAGUCUUUUAAAAUUGUAGAACUACAUUCUAUCGAACGGUCAACAUGCAAAUUUUUUGUUCGUUCGUCGAAUUGAAUGACAAACAUAUCUUUGAAACCAAUUUUCAAAGUUUCUUCAAUUUUGUAACCCGCUUGAUACAAACUCCCAAUACUCCAAAAUAUUGUCGUACAGCGCACAUAUGUCAGCAUAUCUAGCUCUGCCAUUCCUAAAACUUUUUUUUUUCAGUUGAUGCAAUUUCACUGAAGAAACUAACCUUGAAUUUUGAGUCAAACGACUAUUACAUUCGUUAUAAAUAUUAUACAGAAAACCUAAUAUCAAUUUUCUCGAUUAUAUCAUAUUGGUUGACCACAAAAAGUUCAAGAAAGAUAAUUCUGAGUGUUCUGCUGAAGAUGAACCAUAGAAAAAAUUUUGAAAAUU